AUGGCAAGCGACCGGAAGUCAACCACAGUGAUAACCGCCCCAGGCAACUGUGACAGCCUUGGGAUACACCCUCAUCCGUCACCUACUGACUAUGAUGUGACUGUUGUGCUUGGCCCUGUUGCGUCAACAUACGACAAGAGCUCUUCAGACGAAAAUCAUGCCGACGGCGACAACCACAUGCAGGGCCGGCAUUCGGUGACAAAAGGGACAGGCAAAGAACUUCAGACGCAAACAAACCUACUUCCCAUGAAGCAGUUGCUUGUGGUCUUCUCUGGGCUAUCAGUAGCGAUGCUAUGCUCGAUGCUCAACCAGACUAUCGUUGCAACUGCCCUGCCCACCCUUGGUGCUGUAUUCAAUCAAGCUGAUAUCGUUUCCUGGGUUGGUACAGCGUACCUCCUAACUUGUACGGCAUGUCAACCACUAUAUGGCCGGUUGACGGACAUCUUUGGCCGGAAGGUGAUUCUCUUGGGCUCGCUCUUCCUUUUCCUGAUAGGAAGUGUCAUUUCCGGUGUCUCGAGGGGCAUGACCAUGCUGAUCAUAGCGCGGGCGGUAGCGGGAAUCGGUGGUGGAGGCAUUGUUACCGUGGUCAGUAUCGUCGUGUCUGACGUCGUGUCUCUUCAGGACAGAGGGAAGUACCAAGGAAUUAUUGGAAUCGUCGUGGCAGCCGGAACUGCCCUGGGCCCUUUGAUUGGCGGUCUUUUCACCGAGAAGAUUUCCUGGAGGUGGUGUUUUUACAUCAGUGUGCCCUUAUCCGGGGUUGCUAUGGUCGUUGUUGCCUUUGCCCUACCCCUCCGGAAGGUUGAAGGCCAUGCGUUAGAGAAGAUCAAGCAGAUUGACGGCUGGGGAUGUUUGAUCAGUUUCUCUGCGUCAAUUGCGAUCUUGCUUCCCAUCUCAUGGGCUGGCACCCAGUAUUCUUGGACUUCGGCGGCUGUUAUAGCGCCGCUUUUACUCGGUGUAGCGCUCAUUGGAGUCUUUCUCUUUGUCGAGUUCAAAGUGGCCAGGUUGCCCUUGUCUUCUUCUAUGUUUCCAUCUCAUACUAACAUCCCGCCUCAGCUGCCUCAGUUUUAUCAAGUCGCCCGGGGCGACUCCGCGCUCCGGUCGGGUAUCCUGAUUCUUCCACUUAUCCUCUCGCAGAUUGUCACAUCAUUUACCUCGGGCUUCCUGGUGUCGAAGUAUUCAUGUUAUCGAAUCAACCUAAUUGUCGGUUAUGCUCUUUGGACAAUUGCGUCGGGGUUGUUCACGAUGGUCACUCCAUCAACGUCGGCAGCGGUACUGGUGGUCUUCCAGCUACUGACGGGGCUCGGCAGUGGGCAGACACUUCAGACAACCUUGGUUGCUAUUCAAGCCGCAGUCAAGAGGGAAGAGAUGGCGGUUAUCACUGGUGCUCGUAAUUAUCUACGAAUGAUGGGCUCGACUUUGGCUGUUGCAGCCAGUGCGGCUAUUGUCAACAACAUUGUCCGGACGAAGCUCGAAGCAAUCAACUUUCCGCGAUCAAUCAUUUCCGAAAUCAUCGCCGAUCCCACAAAAAUUGCCUCCAUGUCACUAUCCGCGGCACAAAAAACGGACGCACUAAAUGCGUACGCCCACGGAGUGCAGGUCACAUAUUAUAUGAUGACUGCCCUAGCCGGCAUUCAAUUCUUUCUCUGCGUUUUCUUCGUCAAGGACUACACAUUGAAGAGAGACGAUGAUCAACAGAAAAAGGAGGCUGCUAGAGCUUGGCUGAUGCAAAAAAAGAACAAGAGGGCGGGCGGUAACCACAAUGCAGAACCAUCACCUGCUGAAGCCCGACAGCACGUUGAGGACAAGGUCUAA